AUGGCGCCCACGCGCCCCUCAAAUAGCGCAAAAGGCAAAGGGAAAUCACCCAGCCCCUUAAAAAAGUCCUCAAGGUCCUCAAAGCCCACCAAACCCGGCGCAGCGCCCACCGGCAUCUCAAAGCGCAAGUCUAAAAAUCUCUCGCUCGCCAAGCCUGGCGGAGCGCAAAAGACAAAGUCCAAAUCUAAACUCACCGACGGCAAGAGAAAGAAGCGUGUAUACUCCGAGGCCGAGCUCGAUAUCCCAAAACUGAAUGGGAUUGUUCCCGCCGGAAUCGCAAAGCCGAAAGGUCAGAAGAAAGGCAAGAAGUUUGUGGAUGAUGCGGAGAGUAUGAUGGCGAUUAUGAGUAUGGUGAAUGCGGAGAAGGAGGGGCAUAUUGAGAGUAAAAUUAUGAAGGCUAGGCAGUGGGAGGAGGUGCGGGAAGCGAAGAGGAAGGAGAUGGAGAAGCGAAGUGAAGUUAAGAAGGCGCAAUUUGAGGUGACUAAGCAGAGUUUGAAGAAGAAGCGGAAG